AUGGCCCAGCAAUGUUCGACGAGGCAUGCUACCGGCAGCCACUUCGGGUACCUACCCAUCGAGGACUAUGGCAUGAUUGGCAACAUGCACACCUGCGCCCUUGUUGGAAUGAACGGCUCUGUUGAUUUUAUGUGCUGGCCGGACUUUGACUCGCCGAGUGUCUUCUGCCGGCUUCUCGAUAAGGACAAGGGGGGCUUUUUCAGCAUCUGCCCUCACCCGUCCAAGCAGUGUACCACCAAGCAACAAUAUCUCCCAUCUUCCAACAUUUUGCAGACCAGAUACAUUCACGAUGACGGCGUCGUUGACCUUGUGGACUUUUUCCCUCGGCCGAAGACCGCCACAGUCUUGUCGACGAGUGCCCGCCAGACCGCGUUCCGCGAGGCUAUCAGGAUUCAGGAGGAGCUCAAGAAAUGGCUUGUCCGACGAGUCGAGUGUGUCCGUGGUCAUCUAGAGAUGGAAAUUGAGAUAUUCCCAGCUUUCCAAUAUGCUAAUGAGACUCAUGUUACCACCAUUGUCGAGCCAACUCACACCAUAGGUAGCCCGAGCAAGGCUGUUACCUUCCACAGCGAGCAUUACAAGAUGCAGCUGGACGUCACCGUUGACACGGAAUCGGACUCGGCGCCUACUGUCACUUUUAGAAAGCAGAAGCGCGAGGGGAUGCUGGGUGAGGGUGUGGUCGCCCGCAUCGAGAUCAAAGAAGGCCAGGCCGUUUCGUUUGUCCUGCGCAACGAUAUCCCCAAUCAUGUUACCGAGAACAUCACAACCGCCGUACUUGAUAGCCAGCAGCAUGACACGGCGACCUACUGGUAUAACUGGAUCUCCAAGAGCAAGUACAAGGGCCGAUCGCGCGAGGUCGUCAACCGAAGCCUGAUGCUAUUGAAGAUGAUGACGUACGAGCCGACUGGUGCCAUCAUCGCCGCUCCUACAUUUUCAAUUCCGGAAGAUAUUGGCGGCACACGAAACUGGGACUAUCGUUUCUCCUGGGUUCGUGACUCGAGCUUUACCAUAUACAUCCUCCUUCGAUUGGGCUUCACUGCCGAGGCGGAUGCUUACAUGAACUUCAUCAGCGAGCGCUUCAUCAAGUCCCGCCGCCCCAACGGCGAGCUGCCCAUCAUGUUCACCAUUCGCGGCGAGACCGAUAUCCCUGAGGUCGAGCUCGAUCACCUCGAGGGGUACAGAGGCAGCAAACCAGUGAGGAUCGGCAACGGCGCCGCAUCCCACCAGCAGUUUGACAUUUACGGGGAGCUAAUGGACGGCAUCUAUCUGUACAACAAGUACGGCAAGCCGAUCAGCUGGGACCAGUGGUGUUCUGUGAGAGUGAUGCUGGAUUUUGUCCUUACGCUCACAGAUAAGCCUGACAUGUCCAUCUGGGAGGUCCGCAACCAUAAGCAGAACUUUACCUACUCCAAGAUCAUGCUCUGGGUCGCCUUCGACCGCGGCCUCCGCCUCGCAGACAAGCGCAACUUCCCCUGCCCCAACCGCAGCAAGUGGCUCGCGGCCCGUGACGGCCUCAUGGAGGAGAUCAUGGAAAAGGGAUAUAACAAGGACAUGAAGUGCUUCGUCCAGAGCUACGAGAACAACACCAAGAUCGACUCCUCGAUCCUUAUCGCCCCGCUCGUCUUCUUCAUCGCCCCCAAUGACCCUCGGUUUCUCAACACCAUGGACCGUAUCCUCCUGCCCCCCGAGAAGGGCGGUCUCACCAGCACCGGCCUGGUGUACCGGUACAAUACUGAGCUUUCGGAUGAUGGCGUCGGCGGGAGAGAGGGCGCCUUCAGCAUGUGCACGUUCUGGCUGGUCGAGGCCAUGACGCGCGCCUCCGCCUACGAGCCAAAGUACCUCGUGCGCGCCGUCAAUCUCUUCGAGAACAUGCUCGGCUUCUCUAACCAUCUGUCCAUGUUCUCCGAGGAGAUUGCCCGCAGCGGCGAGCAGCUCGGCAACACGCCCCAGGCCUUCAGCCACCUCGCCCUCAUCAGUGCCGCGUUCAACCUCGAUCGCGUCACCGAGGUCAAGCGAUGA